GGCUGCACCCGGGCUGCGCCUGAGUUUGGGGCUGGGGCUGGUGAUGCUGCAGCUGGGCCAGUUUGCUAGGCUUGGGCGGAGGCCAAGGGAUGGCGAAUGUGCGGGUGGCCGUGAGGGUCCGGCCCCUCAGCAAGAGGGAAACCAAAGAAGGAGGGAGAAUUAUUGUGGAAGUUGAUGGCAAACUGGCAAAAAUCAGGAAUUUAAAGGUGGACGGUCGAUCAGAUGGCUUUGGUGACUCUCGGGAGAAGGUUGUGGCAUUUGGCUUUGAUUACUGCUACUGGUCAGUCAACCCAGAGGACCCUCAGUAUGCAUCUCAGGAAGUGGUGUUCCAGGAUUUGGGGACUGAAGUACUGUCUGGAGCUGCCAAAGGCUAUAACAUAUGCCUUUUUGCCUAUGGGCAGACAGGCUCUGGGAAGACAUACACCAUGCUGGGGACCCCAGCCUCUGUUGGACUGACGCCACGGAUAUGUGAGGGUCUCUUUGUCAGGGAGGAAGACUAUGCUCCGCUGCCUUCCUCCUGUAGGAUAAAAGUAAGUUUUCUGGAAAUCUAUAACGAACGAGUGAGGGAUCUGUUGAAGCAGUCUGAUCAAAAAAAGUCUUAUACCCUGCGGGUCAGGGAGCACCCAGAGAUGGGGCCCUAUGUACAAGGUUUAUCUCAACAUGUAGUUACCAACUAUAAGCAAGUAAUUCAGCUCUUGGAGGAGGGAAUAGCAAACAGAAUCACAGCAGCUACCCAUGUCCAUGAGGCCAGCAGCCGAUCUCAUGCCAUCUUCACUAUUCAUUAUACUCAGGCAGUUCUGGAGAACAACCUCCCCUCUGAAAUCACGAGCAAGAUCAACCUUGUGGACCUAGCAGGCAGUGAAAGAGCGGACCCCAGUUACUGUAAAGACCGGAUUACAGAAGGAGCCAAUAUCAACAAGUCUCUCGUGACUCUGGGAAUUGUCAUCUCCACCUUAGCCCAGAACUCUCAAGUUUUCAGCAGCUGCCAGAGUCUCAACAGUGUAACCAGCAACGGUGGUGACAAUGGGAUUCCUAGCUCUCCUUCUGGGACCAGUCAUGGAGGGGGACCCUCCCGGAGGCAGUCUUACAUCCCCUACCGGGACUCCGUAUUGACCUGGCUGCUGAAGGACAGCCUUGGAGGCAACUCGAAAACCAUCAUGGUUGCCACCGUGUCUCCUGCGCACACUAGCUACAGUGAGACCAUGAGCACACUGAGAUAUGCAUCCAAUGCCAAGAACAUCAUCAACAAGCCACGGGUAAAUGAGGAUGCAAACGUGAAGUUGAUCAGAGAACUCAGGGAAGAGAUUAGAAGACUGAAAGCCUUGCUGCUGAGCUUCGAGCUGAGAAACUUCAGUUCAUUGAAUGAGAAGGAUGGAAAUCUGAAGGAGCUGGUUCUCCAGAAUGAAUUGAAGAUAGACCAGCUGACCAAAGAGUGGACCCAGAAGUGGAAUGAGUGGAAAGCCCUCGUGGAGCAUUACAGAGUGGACAUCAACAGGAGGAAGGCUGGGGUUGUCAUCGACUCCAGCCUGCCACACCUGAUGGCCUUGGAGGAUGAUGUGCUCAGCACAGGAGUUGUACUCUAUCACCUCAAGGAGGGGACAACAAAAAUAGGAAGGAUUGACUCAGAGCAGGAACAGGAUAUUGUCCUGCAGGGUCAGUGGAUCGAGAGAGACCACUGCACCAUCACCAGCGCCUGCGGGGUCGUCGUUCUGCGGCCUGCCCAGGGGGCCCGCUGCACAGUCAAUGGCCGGGAGGUCACUGCCUCCUGCCGUCUGACCCAAGGAGCAGUCAUCACCCUGGGGAAAGCGCAGACAUUCCGAUUCAGCCACCCAGCAGAGGCUGCUGUCCUUCGGCAGAGAAGGCAGGUUGGAGAGGGUGUUGGUGGCAGUGGCUCUUUGGAGUGGCUGAACUUGGAUGGAGAUGUCACUGCCUCCAGGUUGGGUCUCUGCCCUUCGUUUUGGAAAAAAAGGAAAGAGCUGGGGGAGCAGAGCAGUGAGGACCACCGGCUUCCUGGGGCUGGAGAGACGCCGCACAGGACCGAGGUUCAGCAGCCACAGCAGUGCUACGUCGGGGAUUUGAAGCAGCACAUCCUAGCAGGACAGAUUAGAGCCAAACGGGACCUGGAAUUUGACCAGGCACACGUCACCUGGCAGAUUAAAGACAACCAUCAGUGGCAGCUCAGAGAAGAGACCUGGCUGGCAAGCUCGCAGCAGCAGCAACUGCAAGGCUGUGCAGCAGAGAAAGAACUUGAGGCCUCUGUGCCAGCUGAUUCUUGGCUUCAGACAGAUCCCGAGACUCAACUGUCCCCAGUUGCCCGAAGCCAGAAGAGGGCGAGGCUGCUUCAGCUCCCGCGGAGACGAGCUGCAGAGCUGAACAUCUGGCGAAGAAAGGUCUCCUUCCAGCUAGAGACAAUCAUCAAGAAGCAGAAGCUGCUGGAGGCCCAGAAGAGGCUGGAGCAGCUCAAGGCACUGUGCUGGCUCCAGGAUGGUUGUCCCUGGGAGCCUCCACACGAGGUCCCCAGCUCUGAUGCCAUGGUCCCAAGCCGUCAAUGUGGAAGCAAAUCGACAAGUUGCAGCUCUUUGAGCCUCCGAAGGCUCUGCCUCCGGUACUUGCCCCAGCUCCGCAGUGUUUUCCUGGAUCGGGAUGCCUCCUCCACAUUAUCCCCUAUGCCUGACUCUACUGAUCAUACAUCAGAGAAAACCCAAUCAGAAGAGUAUUUGUCCCAGGCUGCUUCUCACCCGCCAAGGGCAGGGCGUUUCAGCAAGAUUGUUCUCUGUUCCUCCGGUGAGGGACAGCUCUGCACAGCCAGGGCGGCCUUGGCCUGGAGGAGAGCCUCGGCCCCAGGCUUCACAGUGAGCUCUGGGCUAUCCGGCACCCAGGAAAUGGAGAGAGUGAGUAAGCAGCCCCACUGGAUGGUGCCCCAGGGCUUAGCAUCUCUGGGCCAACCAGCCAAGAAGCUGAAGCCAAGGGAUGAGCCGGAGGCCCUCACCCCUUCCACCCAGACCAGGAAGGCUAAGGGACUAUCAGACUCUGGCUACAGAUCAGCAGGGUGGCGAAACGUAGGGGACCUUGGGACCCACAAGGCUGCUAAAGGAGCCGCUUGCAGUUCCUCGCAUCCCGGUGGACCCAAACAGGCAGCUGGGUGUGGAAAGGCAGCCAGGACUUUUUGGGCAGAAUCCAAACCACUUUCUCCAAGUAGGGCAUUAAAAGGGCAGCAGAGGGUGCUGGCAGAUAGGGCCAAAGACAUUACCAAAAAGUCUUCUCGUUUGCCUCGUCGCAGCACUUCGAAGAGGCAGCACAGUGCAGGGGACCCAGACCCCAUGGCCUCGCUCACCAAUUCCAGCCCAGUAGCAGAUCCCACCAGGGAAAAAGAUGGUGAUUUGUCAGAUGCAGAUAGCACUUACUCAGUGGAUUCUCUCUCCUGUGUCUCUGCCAAAGCCCUGACGGAGCCGCUGGAGCCAGGGCACUGCCAGGGGAAGGAACGGGAACUCCCAGAGCCAGAGAACACUGAAAGUGACAACAGCCAAAUAUCUGAGGACUCUCUGGCUGAGAAGGGACACCAAAGCCCCCAGGACAGCCCAGGGGGCAGUUAUCUCACCAAUGGCCACGGCCACCACAGGGCCAGAGCUAGAGCCUCUGUGAGGGGCUUCACCACAUCCUCAGACGGCAGACCAUUGGCCCCGGCUCACAGGAGCUUUUCACUGGAUAGCUUGAUUGACGCUGAGGCAGAACUGGGGGAAGAUCAGCAAGAAGAACCUUUCUUCACUUCAGCUGACGAGAUGCCAACAGAGACUUUUUGGCACCUGCAGACCUCCAGUCUGCCCGUGGUGGGCCAGGAGGCAAUGUGCAGGCCUGGUCCCAUCACCCAAAGAGCAGGAGCCAGGCUGGAUGCCAUCCUGCCAAUGAGCAGUUCAUUCUACCUUGAUUCCCAGCCCCCGCCCUGCUGUGAGCAGCCUGAGUCGAAGGUGGUGGAGGCAAGCUCCUCUGAGCAAGUCAGCGUUCUGCAAGGCAUGCAGGUUUCAAGAGGGAGCCCACUGUUGUCCCUGGAUUCCUGGUUUUCCUGUGACUCCAAGGUCAAUCCCAGCAGCCCCCUCGGAAUAGUAGGUUCUUCCUGUCCAAGUCCUGAUGUCCAAGAAUUUCAGCCCCGUGGUCGGGAGAGGCCUGGGUACUGGCCAAGUGUGGAAGGACUAAAGCCGCCAGGUGCAGAGACAGUCCCGCCCUACACCUCCAAACCGCCCCCAGGUGGCGCUGAGCUGCCCUGUAGUGUAAGGGCUGUGUACACAAUUCCUGCUUCUGACACAUCCAGGCUGUCAUUCUGGGGGUCUUACAGGCUGCUUCAGCAAGGAGCUGAUGCCACCUUUCAGGCCACAGGUGUCCCUGACGCAGCCCAGCAAGGCAACUUGGAAACAUCCAACAGCUCUCAUGUGUCAAGCGCGCUGGCUGCCUCUGCGGUCUCAUUGACUCACGCAGGCAGUGCCCGUGAGGGGGACUGGGCCGCCCUUCAGCAAAAGUACCUCCUUGAACUCUCUCAUCCUGUUUUGGAGGACACAGCAGAGCCCAGGCCAGCUUUUACCUCCUUUGAGGAAGAUUCUGGUUCCUUGGCCCAAGCAUCUGGCAAAGGAGGAGAUAGUCUAUUGGCAGUUGGUUCUGGGGUGUCUAGCAGUUUGAAUUUCAACUUUCCGAUCCAUAUAUCCAAAAUCAGGCAUUUGAAGGCAGAGAAAGAACAGAACAGUUUGAGUGUCAAGUUAGAAAGUACUUCAGAUUUCUUCACAGCAAGUGAGAAAGAGGUGAGUUACAGUGGAAAUUAUUCAGCAGACAUAGAAUCACUGACUUCUGGAACUACAAAUGCACAGGUCUUUGCAGCAGACAACAAGGUAGCAAAUUGCAUAAUAGAAGCAUGGAAAGUCACACAGAACAGCUUGGAAGAGUCCUCUCAGAGUGGCAGGAGGAAACCUGGACUGGUGACUUCCUCUGAUGAACAGUUCUUCCUGAAGAACUCUUGUCACAGUAAUGUCACCAUAGCCACCAAAGAAGACCAUUGGCCCCAAGGCUUGGCUCCGCUCAGGAAGAAGAGUACAAGCCAGGCAGACCAAUUAAAUCAUAACAGCCACCAGCUGCAACAGGAGGAGGACGCAAAUUGCCAGGAGAGCUCCAAGGAUGCGGUUGGAAGACAUGCCAACCUUUCCCUUGCCUUUCCAUUGGGUCCAGAGCUGUACCUCCACUCCACUCCUUGGAGCUCAUUCCCAUCUUCCCUGCAGCCACCUCCCUUAGAGACAUUCUAUGUGACCAAAAGCCGGGAUGCCCUGACAGAAACUGCCUUAGAGAUCCCGGCUUGCAGAGAAGCGAGAGUGCCUUCCCCACCUCCCCGGGAAGCCUGGGGCUUUGACCAUGACUACCAAGUCCUCCAGAAUGUUUACUUGAACGAUAACUUCUCAGUGCUGUUACAAAAACAGAAUUCCAAGAUGACCUCCUCUCAGCAGGUCACAGCAGGGAGGCCCGCUGACCUAAACACCAAGGAAGUUAGUGGAGAAAUGGGGAAAUGCCCUGGAAAUAUUAAAGAAGAAAGCCAUAAUUCAGUGUAUUUUUUUGUUGCUCAGAACAGACAUUUUCUUACAUCUGCCAGCACAAAAGUAUGUGAAUAUGAAAAUCAAGUUGGAAACUUAAAUAAACACAGUCUUCCAGCACUCAAGAAGGAAGAAAAGAUCACUAUACAGUCCCAUUGCAAUCUUUCCUCAGACAGUUCUAAGUCUGGGAAGCCUCUUCUUCUUUGUGCAUCUGAGGCAGGUGGGGAAGAACAGCAAGGUGAGAAUGCAGUCCUAAGACAGACCCAGGCCUCUGAUAAAAACAGCCAGCUCCCUUCUGGGGCCAGAUCUGAUUUCAUCUAUAAAACCUUCUCUCUCCAUCCCAAAGACAGCUCAGAAGGGUGUAAGCUGCCAUGGACAGAGUCUACAUGUGAAAAGUUCCAGUCAGCUAUAUACUCACAGGAAAGGAACCUCACUGAAUGCAAGAGCCCUGGAAAGUUGCAAGUAACGUUAAAUCCCGAAGAGCCACCUUCUGGGAAAAAACAGAAUAAAGGAGUUAAUAAUGCUGAUGAAAUGGCUAGGCUAAUUAAGAGUGUAGUGCAGCUAGAAAAUGAUAUCUUAGAAAUCGAAUCCAAGCAGAAUAAGCAACUAUAUGCUUCCCACACACUGGGGGUCAGUAAUGAGUUUGUGUUCCAGGACCAGGAGAUGGCUGACCAUGUCCUGAGGCCAAGCAGCUCUGGAAACCACUUGUCCUUUAAGGAUCAGCCGUCUUCUCCAAAAGAGACAGAUGAUACUAUCUUUAGGGAUGGUGAAGCUGGAGAAAGGAAGGCUAACAGUAGCACUGGGGAGGAUGCCCAAGUUCAGAAAAUCACCCUGAGUCCCUUCACGUCAAGAGAAUGGGUGCAAAACAUGAGAUUUGUGAGAGAACACACCUCCCCGGCUGUAUUAGACAAGCCUGCCAGGGACAGUUGUGAUUAUUUAGGGACAGGUACAGUGCACAGUGAGUGCACCAAAACUUCCGUUAAUCCUUGGAGAACAAAAGCAUUGGCUAGAGCUGCACCAUUGCAGGCCAGGCCUGAGCGGUUUCCUGAGAAGGAAAAUGAGUCGAUGCGUGCAUCAGUGAGCCCCAGGGGGCAGCCGUGUGGUUUGGAAAGUCUGGAGGAAUCAAAGCCUGUGAACAAUUUUCAGGAAAGCCAGGGUGCCAAACACAUAAGUAGUUUUGACCCAGAGGGGCCAAAAGUUCAAGGCAGAGUUAAAGAAAGAAUUAUGCAAAGCGGAGAGAGCCUACAAGAGGAAUGCAAAAUGGUCUCAUCGAUGCAGAAACUUCUUAGUCCAAGCCAACAUUGUAUGGGCACAUUUUUCAGCCAGGAGACCAGCCCAUUGCUGAGCUGGCCAUACUCCUCUACAGCUCCUCACCAAGACCUGAUUAACACCUUGCCCUUGAAUUCCCCAAGACUACCAAGAAGCUGUCUUCAUGCACCUGAUGCUAUAGGCUUCUCUUCAGUUGACUAUGUGCUGGAUCCUACAGUGUUGAAAACGCCUAACAGUCCCUGGGGAACUGAAGUAGCAUGUCAGGGCCAGUGCGAGGAGCCCAGAAGCCACAGCCCUCAGGGGAAUGUUCGAGGGGGCUCCUCCAGUGCACACAUUGCCGGGUGUGGGUCUGCAGGCUUCGUGGCCAUGGGAUCUUGGGAUCAAUCCAGUGCCUUGGAGAGCACUCCCCUGGGGGCUGAGGGCAGGAGAUCAGCAAGUACAAGUCCUCAAGACCAAAGAUGGAGCCCCAGAAGCACCUCGGUGGGCUUGAGUGCCAGGGUGGGUUCAGUUGCUGAAGCAGAGGCAGCUGCACAAAAAGGAACAGAAAGAGCCGGUUCCCUGAACAGGGUCUCUAGCCUACUUGAAAAGAGGGCCCCCUGUCCCUUAGAAGAAGGUAAUGACCAAGGCUGGGAGGUGAGGCAGAAGGCAGAGAAGGAGGCCGAGAACCUUGGUCCUACCAGUGCUACUUUCUCAGCACCUGCGUUCCUGGGGCCGCACCUGGAGCCCUCUGCCCAUACAUCCACGGGCCUGGCCGUUUUGGAGGAGAUCAGAGAGACAGGGGCCCACAGAAAGCAGCCUCAUGACUUGGUGGCUGAGGGCACAGUCCUUCCUCACUAUGAGACUUUAUUAGAACCUGAAUGUUCUUCAAGGGCCCCUAGCAGGCCUCAGUGUCAACAAAUGGACCAACCAGCAUCAGACAGGACUGGACAUGAGAGUGAAGCACAGGGAUUUCAUGUGGCAUCUCCCUGUGCAGAACCAGGACAUCUGUGGGCUGAUGAGAGGAAAGUCCUGAAGACCACACCCCCCUCUGCAGACAGCUUUCCACCUUUGCCCAACACUGACGUUAACACAGGACCAUGGCAGCCCCCGCAGGUUUUCUCCCAGGCUGGCCCUGCUCUAGGCACAAACCAUCAUUCUGGAGAACUGAGACCUUUCCUGAGUGCAGGCGAGCAGUUUAUUUGUUACUCUGGCCCUUUUGAAAUCAGAGAGAAAAAGAAAGCAGCAACUGGAAUACCUUCAGCUGAUCAUGUAAGCUCAGGCAGUCUUCCUUCUUCAGCAGCUGUAGAGGAGGACAGGAGGGUAAUACCAGAGAAAGUAGUGGCUGCCUUAUCUUCUCAGGACCCCUCUGACAAUCCUGGAGUGAGUUGGCAGGGGCAGAGCCAGUUAGUUCCACUGGAGGCUGCAGAGGGCACACCCCCUGGCAGUCAGGAGAGCAGCUGGGCACACCAGAAACCUAGAACUCUAAAUGCCACGUAUGGAGGAGGCUCGGGUAGCUUCAUGGUGGCUGCACAGGGAGGAAAAGCAGCCUGUUCUGAGAGUCAGCUUGUGAUCUGUAAUGUUCAGAGCUCUGCCAGUCUCCCAGGGCCUAACCAAGAGCAUGUCCAAGACCUCGAGGCUUUCAGGGUCUUAGAAAAAAGAAGCACAAGUCCCAAACAAGGCACUGUCCUGGCUGGAGGCCUGAGAAGCUCCGAACUGCAAGCUCCCUCACAGCAGUGUGUGAAGAAGGGGAGUGUUGGUCCUGGGCUGGCAGAAGCCUGCAAGGCUGGCAGCAAACAUCCCAGGCCAACUCCACUGCCGGAUCAAAGACCUAGCCCAGGUCCUGGGGGUGUUAGGGAGGAGGCCCUGCGCAGUUUCCCACAAAAAACUUCAGAUUGUGUUGUCUUCUCGGGUAGCAUUGAAGGCAGAAGGGCGCUCAGCCCAUCUGGGGAGCAAGAAGACAGCAGAACUCUUCCUUGUCAACAGCUGUGCAACUCUCAACCUGUUGCUUUUCAUGUCUGCUCCUCCCUGUCUACUGUACUGUGUUACGGAGAUGGUGACCUGGGGAAGGGCAUUUCUACAGCCACCCCACAGACCCUCCACCUGCCCUGCAGAGUAUCUUGCAGGGCCUGUGGAAUGGAUGAGAGAGGAGAAAGCUAUUCCAGCAAACCUGAUGUGUUCUUGGCACACGGCCUUGAGCCCAAAAGCAUUCAUUUGGAAGCUGGGCCGACAGGCAGCAGCACUCUGGAGACCUCUGCUGCUGCUGCUGGUGUUUUCUCUCUGGCUCAAGGCUGCAGCUCCCCUUCUGCCCCUGACAUGAGGAUGAAUUCCCUCAGCUACUCAGUUGCUGUGGGGGAUCCUGACAAAAAGGUUGCUGAGAAGAGAGCCAGCACAGAACCCGAGGCUGCCCCUUUUCCUAAAGGUGUGUGCUCUGAGCCACUAAGGACGUUUCACGACAGCUCAGUAGGUGGCCAGAAUGCACAGGAGUUCCAAACCAAACUAGAACUGCCUGCAACAACCAGGAGACGAUGCACCUUCAAUGUAAGUGAAAGGUCUGUUGAGAGUGAGCUGCUGGUGGAACCACAACAUGGGUGUUUAGAAAAUGCUGUCAGGUGCCUUCCAGAAAAGCCAGAACUUUCCACUGAGUCCAGGGAUCACAGUGGCUUAGAUCCCGAAGCCAAGUUCAUGGGGAAGUUAAACCCCAUCUCCAGCCCCCAGGUCGGCAGUCCCUGGGAGGAGGAGAGGCAGCAGAGGGAACAGGCUUCAGGUCGGGGGGAAGACCCUGCCCAGGGCAUGUGUCCCCCACGUUCCAAUGAAGGCGGCUUGGAUGGCUGUCAGAUUGGAGAUGCAGGCGGAGAGGAGGGGGCUGCGGCCAAGGCCCCUGUGUCGACAUUCUCAUCAGGCUUUAGCGGCUCAGCCAGAGUCCCCUCGGGGCCUGCAGCCCAGAGCCCUGGCCAGCCCUCUUCGGGCAGGGAGCAGUUGGCUCCCCGUCACAGGCGCUCGCUUCCUGUGAUUGCCAUCUUCUCUGGCCCCAAACAUGCCAGGUCCUCCCCCAGACCACACUUCUCUGUAGUCAGCUCUUCCUGGUCUCUUCAGGAGCUGAACUUGAGCGUGGAGCCUCCUUCCCCCACAGAUGAAGAGACCCAAGAGCCUAACAAAGUGUGGAACCCACAUUCCAGGGGCCACUCCUCAGAAAAGUCAGUGGUGGGAACAUCUCUGAAGGCUGAGGGCUGCAAUCAGAAAGCCUCAUGUCAUCUGGACAGUAGCUCUGUUGACCCCAGGCUCCUUCAACCCGCCAGCCCUCCUUACCCAUCGCCUUCAGCUCCGUCAUGUGUGCCAGGCCCCAAUUUCACGACCCACUGGAUGUCUGGUGCAGAGGAACAGGCCCGGCAGCGAAAGGCAGAGAGCCUGGGUGGCCCAGCCAGGCCAGAGCAGUGGCUCUCCGAGGGAGACAAAGGAGUACUGAGCUUUGACUCCAGUGACAUCAAUCCCGACAUUCUGCACUGCCAUCCAGAGGGCCCUGCGUGCAUUGGCUGGAAGCAAUAUGUGUUUGGCAGUGCAGUCGAUGUCUCCUGUAGCCAGACAUCCCAGGGCCUGGUACCAUCAAAAACGGUCCGGUGCUCCAGCAUGGACAAUGGCCUGGAAGACCAGAACUCGUUCCACUCCCACCUCAGCAUCUAUGCCAAUGCCCGGGGCCUGGCAAGCCGACGGAGCAGCAUUGAGAAUGCCCAAGGUUCACACGGGGCCUGGGGAGUAUGGGAUUCCUCACUUACCUUGGGGAACCCGCAUAUCCUGACAGGUCCUGAAGGAGCAGCGCCCAGGAAGAGUCCUGACAAGAGAGUCCAGCUCCCGGGCACUCCUGAUGAAGCAGGCUCUGUGACGAGUAAUCCUGUCUGGGCUGAAGGAGGCGCUGUAGGUCCAGUGGAUGAGAUUAUGCUGCUGUAUCCAUCAGAGGCGGGCAGCCCUGUGGGACAGCCCAGGAUAAACACCUUGGAGCAGGGCACACAGACCCUGGGCUGCAGGCUGCACUGGAGCCACACGGACCUCUCCUCUGCUCAUUCGGAAGCCAGCGCAGCUGCGCCAGUCUCUGAUCUGGCCUCCUGGACCAGUAUGCACAACCUGUCUCUCCACCUCUCCCAGCUCCUGCACAGUACCUCAGAGCUGCUGGGGAGUCUCUCCCAGCCAAGUGUUGCUGAAAAGGAGCGAAACACCAAGAAGGAGACCCCAGAUGAGGCACCCCAGGCCCUUAGGAUGGACAGCUGUACUCAGACCACCGUGGAUAAGGGCGUCCAGACUGACCUGGCCUCAUCACCUCCGCACCUCCAGGCCCAGGAGGCCAGCCCUCCGGAGGCUGGUGUGGUUGUUGAAGUGCUGGGCUCAGGUAUCUCCACCAUGUCUCAAGAAAAGGGACAUGUCCCAGGGACACUUCAGAAGAGAGAAGCAGAGGAGACCGCAUGGAAAACGACAGGACCCCCAGAUCUUCAGGAAGAAAGCACCCACUGCAGGCCACAGAGCCCUCCGCUGCCCUCAUGCCAUUCGAGGUUUCAGGAGGCCCCCUUUGGGCAGAACCUCCCUUCUGAGAGCCCUCAGGCCUCUCCUGAUGCCCCCCUGCCUCCCAGCUCCCAGCCAGAGGAACCCUCCUGCCUGGCUGGCAGCAACCCCAGCCUUAGCAUCCCUCAAUCCCCAGGACCCAGCCCCAGUGCCGCAGAGUCUGUCGGGGAGCCUGGGGUCCAGAAGGAGCUGUGUCCCGGGGGUGCCUUGUUGGUGGACAGGGCCUCCUCCCCGAUCCUCACACUUAGUGCUAGCGCUCAAGGGCCUGGGCCCCCCCUAGGCUCUGUGUCUCUCUCAGCCCCUGUAGCACAGCCUCUUGAAGGCCAACAGAAGCUGGUCUCUAGCCCAGAUCUUCCCCCUGAUGCCCCCAGGCCUCCAAUGGAUAAUCAUUCUCAAACAAUUAAUGAGUCAGGUAGUGUCCAGAGAGUGGGGGCUCCAUGUGGAGAAGGGAGAAGCUCCUUAGAAAGGAAGGAGGGCAGGUCUUUCCUUGAGGCAAGCUCCCUAGGCAGCCCACAGCACAGCUCGAGAAUCCAAGUUCAUUUCUCAGAGAGGCCGCACCAGCAGCUUGAGCCCCGGACCACCACCUGGGUCCAGAGUGGAAUGCCACCAGUGUCGCUGAGGCUCAGGAGUCAGAGGCCAGCUCAGAGCUUUGUCCCUGAGGACAUGGCUUCCCUAGAGUGUGACCCACUUAGCAGUAGGGGGCCAAAAAAAUGGCAGAGGACAGAAAAUGGGGGUAAGCAUUCAGCAUCUCCAGGGGAGCCACAGCCCACUCCAGGCAGCCCCUCUUCUUGGGGAGGUCCCCAGCACCUCAGCCCCUGCACCGUCUCUGAGUUGACAGAGAAAACAAGGCUCCAGGGCUCUGCCUUGGGCCCAGCUGAGGCCUGCCAACCUCAGGAGCUGCUGCAGCCCAGUUCCCAGAUGUGCCUGACACCUGAGCCCCAGCAUCACAGCCUGAGGGACCUGCCAGUGCAUAACAAAUUCAGGAACUGGCAUGGGGUUCAGGAUGGCUCUCCUGGGGAGCUAGGAGUGAUGGAGUUGCUGGGGUCCAGACAUGACCUCAGCUUUGGAGAACAGGGACAGGAUCCCUCACAGCAUCUUGACGACCAGAGCCAGGAUCCUGAGUGGUCCCAGAGGGAGCAGAUCCCCCUGCAAGUUGGGGCCCAGAACCUCUCACUCAGCGUGGAGCUCACAGAAGCGAAACUGCACCGCGGCUUUGGGGAGUCAGAUGCCCUGCUCCAAGUGCUGCAGACUGGGACAGGGGAGGCGCUCGCUGCCGAGGACCCUGUGCCAUCCGCCUGGGGGGAGCUCUACGCCCGGCAAAAACAAACCAUUGAGACCCUCCGGAGACAGCGGGCUGAGCGACUUCAGAACUUCCGUCGGACAAGAAGCCUCAGCCCCCAGAAACAACUGAGCCUCCUGCCUAACAGGGAUCUCCCCACCCGUGACCUUGACUUACCCAGCAGGCGCCGAGAAUACCUGCAGCAACUGAGGAAGGAUGUUGUGGAGACCACGAGGAGCCCAGGGUCAGCCUUAAGGUCUGCUCACCUACCCUCUGACAUAGAGCUGAUGCUACGAGAAUAUCAGCGGGCUCGCGAGGAGGCCAAGGUGGAGAUUGCACGGGCCCGGGACAGACUGCGGGAGCGAACUGAACAGGAGAAGCUGAGAAUCCGCCAGCAGAUCAUCUCCCAGCUGCUGAGGGAGGAGGAAAAACUGCACACCCUGGCCACCCCCAGCUCCCUGUGCACCACCUCCAAUGGAAGCCUCUCCUCUGGUGUCACCUCUGGCUACAACAGCAGCCAAGCCUUGUCAGGCCAGCUCCUGUCCCCAGGCAGUGUGGGGGACACGAAUUUGCCUGAUUCUGGAGACUCCUGGAUAGGGGAAGCGCGAGGCCGAUGUGCAGUGAGGAACAGUCACCCGAAUCUGGCUGGGUCUGCUUGGAAGAGCUUAGCCUACAGUCGCAGAGCCUCUCUGGGCAGUUGCUGCUGUUCUUCAUCCAGUGUGUCCAGCCUGGGAACCUCCUUCUCCUCCUCCUACCAGGAUCUGGCCAGGCACAUUGUGGACAUCUCUAUGGCUGACGUGAUGGCGGCUUGCUCGGAUGAUCUGCACAAUCUCUUCAGUUGCCAAGCAGCAGCUGGCUGGAACUAUCAGGGUGAGGAACAGGAGGUGCAGCUCUACUUCAAGGCAUUCUCUUCUACUCGGCAUGGCUUCCUGGGGGCUGGUGUGGUGUCCCAACCGCUGUCUCAUGUGUGGGCAGCUGUGAGUGACCCCACCCUGUGGCCCCUGUACCACAAGCCCAUCCAGACAGCAAGGCUGCAUCAGCGGGUGACUAACAGCAUCAACCUGGUGUACUUGGUGUGCAACCCUGCCCUCUGUGCACUGAAGCAGCCGCGGGAUUUCUGCUGUGUCUGCGUGGAAGCCAAAGAGGGGCACCUUUCUAUCAUGGCAGCUCAGUCUGUAUAUGACACAUCCAUGCCGAGACCCAGCAGAGAGAUGGUCCGAGGGGAGAUCCUGCCCAGUGCCUGGAUCCUGCAGCCCCUCAUCAGGGAAGGAAAGGAGAUCACCAGAGUCAUCUACUUAGCCCAGAUAGAACUUGGUGCUCCAGGUUUACCCCCUCAUCUCUUAAGCUCCUUCAUCAAACAACAGCCACUGGUUGUAGCCAGACUGGCUUCCUUCCUUGGUAGUUAGCAUCUCACUGUUGAGGUGAUGCUGCUGAGAUUCAGGCUCAGGAUGCUCCAGAGGUACUGGGCCAGCUCUUGUUACUCUCUGUACCCUGAUGCAAGAAAAGCCAAGGCCACUUGCUGUGAUCAACUGAGCGGACAGCACUCAGCCCCGAGUUGCCAGUGAAGCCCAGUCGGCCCGUGGUCACAGCUGGCACCUCUGCAGAGCAAGGGGGCCUGAGUGCCUGGCCUUCCAGAGCAAACAAAGUUCAACUCAUCUUGGAUUUUCUACCUUUCUUUCUGCCUCUGGGACCCUAUGGCAGACAAGCCCUGCAAAGACCAGGACUGGACACAGCCAACAGAGCUGGGAGGCGGCAGCCUCUGACACGGUGCUUCCUUAGUGUGGCCCAGCCCUCAGGCUGGUAGGGCGGCAGCCAUUGGCCAAGACUCUGCUCAGAAACCUGCCUCCAGCAUUCAGUUCCACUGUGGGAUGGAUGGAGUAUUACUGAAACAGAAAACUGGUUUAAAAAAACAGCUGCACAAACCAGAACAGUGAUUCAGAAUCGUCUCUCCUUGAAUUUUUACCAAACGCUUUAUUAUUUCUACCUUUCCUUCUGGGUCUUCGCCUCAGUCAGGAGUAUUGACAGUGCUCUGUCAUGAAGCAGUCACUUCAGAGCUCAGGAGAAUGAGAAGACCACUACAGAAGCAGGUUGGACAGAUUUGGGGUCCAAGUGGGGUCCUAACUCUUUAAGGGAGCAUGGGGUGGUUAGGAGGUGGGUAGCCAGAUGCUGGUUGCUGACAAGGCAAGAGGAGUUUCAGAGAUGAAAAACUGUCUUUUGAAGAUGGGAGAGAACAUACUGGAACUCCUAGAGUAGGUAACUGAUUUGUUAAGAGGAAGCUCAGUUCCAUUUCUUACCACACUCAGAUGGUCUUGUUAGCAUUUCACGCUGCUGCUGCAGCCACACAUAUUCUAGGAUGGAUGGAGAUGAAUAUUCUGUAUGGUUACCUGGAAGUGAUAGGGGGUGUGAGAGAUUCCCAGCUUUAGUUCUGGUGCCCAGAAUCUUCGGUGGACGGUGACCAGAUGGGGAUCAUGAUGUGGUAAAUAGGUAAAUUUCUGUAGAUGAUGGCAGAGAUUUAUUUUUCUAAAAGCGUUUUGUUUGCAGGAUUUUUUUCCUCUUACCUCAAUUAAG